CCCGACCAGACCUGGGCAAGCAUGCACAAACACCCCCUCAACACAUUUGUGUGUUUUCUUGGGGGGGGGGGAGAAAAACAGCUGCCCUAGUCAGGGAGCCCUGUAGGGACAGAGGACGCCACCUGCUGCCAAGGGGCGCAGAGGCACGUGAGGGAAGGAGAGGUUGGUGUUAUAGCCUGACCCAGCUGUCCUGGGCACCCCACAGGCAUGGAGGGGGCUCUUCCCUUUGGAACAGGCAAGGUGGGAGAUAGUGAAAAUGUUGGAAAUGGUGGAAAACAUUGCUGCCAAUCUGUUGGAUUUGAAAGAUCAUUCUUGGGCUUGAGAAAAUUUCGAUCUUAGAUAAGCUGUGUGCAAAUGAAAAAAGUCACUACCUUUCCUGGACAGAUUUCUAAAUCAACCAACGCUGAUUUAUUUAGAACAUUUUAUUAAAAUGGGGCUUCUUUUGGAGUUUAAAGUUGUUGAGAUUGGAAUGCAAGUCAUGUGUGUACAAAGAGAUACAUACAAUACCCCAAAUUUUCCUGACGCAGCACAUGUAGAAGGUGUUGAGGCAUCGGUCCUGCCUCCUGGCAUUGCCCACACACCUCACUUGCAUAAAGCAGAGGGCUCAGUUUGCAAGCCUGGUACUUCAUCUUGGUAUUGGACCUUAGUAAAACAUUCUCCCACAUCCUUUUGGAUGGCGGUGUCUCAGUUCUGGAAAACCCGCCCCAACAGGGAUCCCCUGGGUAUUCACCCAGCACCCUCAUUAUGAAAACACACAUGGAUCCACUGUAUGUGGGAUGGGGGGAGCAGAACAGAAAUAAAUACCUCCGACUCCCUCAGGAAUAGAUAGACGCUAACAUCAAGAGAGAAAGUGAUUUGGCCCCAGGCAGACAAGAAAAUGUGCUCUACCAAAUCCUCGAAGCUUUUCUUCCCACGCACAGAAGAUUUCCCUGUCUCUUGCCUCAUUCCUUUGGGAUUUCUUUAUGAUGACAGUGGGGAAGCCUUGGGAGCUCAGCCUCGGAGGGAAGGGCUUCGUCGUCCGUUGCUGUGCCUCGAAAGGACCGGAGUGGAGCCACUGACAAGAAGCCUUGUGGGGCAGAACGAGAGCUGAGAAGGCUUUUGCGAGAGUGCUCAACUAAAUAGAGGGAAACAAUGGAGGCGGGUUGCGGGAUCUGGCAAAAGGUGCCUCGCUGGGCUGGGCCGAACAAGCGCAGUUGCAAGCUGGGUUAGAGACCAGCCUUGCCUCAAGAAGGAAGUUCUCCUCAGCAGGGGCCGAUUUAGGGCAGCGCGGUGCCAGAGCCCGGCAAGCGCUUACCGGGCUUUGGGAAGGAGAAGACGGUCUCUAGGGCCCUGCUGGAGCCAAGCCCGGGAAUGAGGAAGCAGCGAAAGGACUCUGGCCAGGACGCCCAGUCUCUACGCGGAAACGUGGGAGGCUGCGGUGAGUUGGAAGCAGCACCGUUUCAGAAAAUAAAAUAAAAGGAAUGCUGAGCCACGUUUCUGUUCCUCAAGGAACAGGGGAUACCUUGGAGCUCUAUGUCGCUCACCUCCGAUGUAGGGGAAGCCUGGGAUUGUGCUUUGAGCUCUGCAAAAGCACAGUAGGAUUUCACCGAAUGACAACUCUCUUUCUUUGUGAUUUCCUCUUGCAGCGCCAUAGCGGGAACUGUUCUCUGCUUCUCCGCUCUUUAUUCUUAUACAGGCAAUGCAACCAGCCGAGAAAUACGCUGUCAAAUACAAAGGAUUUUAUUUCCAGCCAGAUUGUUGUUCACCGGAGCACAUAGAUUCCCUGGAGGAUUUUGAAAUCAGGGACAGUGAUGUGUUUCUAGCUACUUAUCCAAAGUCAGGUAAGAUUAAAAACGUGUGUGCCUUUUGCAUGUGGUUGUAAAAUGGUAUUGGUAAACUUCCAUUGUUAAAAGACUCUCAUACCUGUAUCUCUUUAUUUCAUUAGGUUUUUGCCACAGCUGUUCAGUAACAGGGGACUGUGUCCAAUGCAGUUGUGCCCUCCACACAAGAACUUCCACUUGCACACCAGAACUUUUCCUGACUUUCCCUUCCCAUAGGCGCCCCCUCCUGUGUAUCCCCAGAUCUGCUUUGAAGGGGAUCCAGUAACUGGGAAUGGGAGAGGAGAGGAAGCUCCAAGUCUUUGUGCAAAUGGGACAUAUUCAAUGGGUAGAACGUACGGGUUUAGACAGUAAUUUGACAGGUCUGCAUUAUAUAGGCACUGAGGAAUUGAGUGACAAGAAGGCAAAAUACAAUGAGCAUUUCUCAAAAUUCCUGGGAAGAAUAAUAAUGAUUGGAAUAAGCUGAAUCAAAGUACUUUGAAGGACUGACAACUCUUUUUAUUCCCUGGACUUUGACUGGUCAUUUGCAUUUCCAUCUAUAGGGAGAAUCUAAAACAGAGUUUGUGGUGGUUUUCUGAAAAAGAAAGGAACAUCUUAGCAAAUAUUUUUCUGUCCUCCCAAAUCCUCAGAUUCCAUGAAGGCUUCCUAUUUCUCAUCCACAAUGGAAAGAAAGCCUUGGUGAAUCUUCACAUUCUCUUAUUCAACCAUCCCUGCCCUUGCUGUGUUUCCUUUGACUCCCUUCUUCCUCAUCCUUCCUUGUCUCUAACAGUUUGCAAUUUAAAUAGUAAGCUCCAUGAUUGAGAGGCAUGUUGUUUUUAAUUAUUUUGCUCUGUAAACUAGUAUGUACAUUUAUGGCACUGAAUGAAUUAAAUAACUUAUCCUCAUUCAUAGGAACAGUAUGGACUCAAAAUAUUUUGAGCUUGAUUUUGCACAAAGGUCAUCGAGAUGGAACUGAACACAUAGACUUACUAGAUAGAGCUCCAUGGCUGGAGGCCAAUGUCCGCAAUAUGGACUACGUCAAUCGACCGUCACCUCGACUCUUUACUACCCAUCUACCCUACUAUUUAGUACCAAAGGGAUUAAGGAAUGGAAGAGGAAAAGUAGGUCUUGCUGUAUUUAUUAUUUUAUCAAAUCAAAUGUUUGUCUCACUUUGUUUUAAGCCCAGAAAGAAUGCAUCCCAUUUAUCACAUGAAACAGAACAAUUGUGAAGUAUGCUUUUUCAGAUCAUUAAUAUUCUUUAAAAAGUGGAAAAUCCAGUGUUUACACAUCUUACUCAUAUCUUCAUGUAAAAUAAUUAGCAUACCAGGAUAGUAUUAGCAUACCAAACCUUUCCUCCCGGGUGGGCCGGCUCGCCAAGGAUCAGCAUAUUUCCCCUGAAUUUCCUGCCUCAAUCUUGUGGUACAGUUUGGUCAGCACAAAAAAGAGCCAUGUCAUUUCUCUAACCUACAUCAUUCCUAAAGCUUAUGUCACUGGAUCAGAAUGAAAAAAGAGCACAGAAGAAUGGCUGUUCUGCUGUUCUGGGAGUGUCAGCUUUGUCAGUGGGUGAGAUGGUGGGAAUUCAGAAGAAUUCAGCAUAGGAUAUGUUGCUGCAAUGAGAUUUCUAGGAGAUUUGAAGGGAGAAUGAGACAAUGAAGACCAACGUCAUAGGGUCUGUCAAAAAUGCAUCUCAAGGGGGACUUCCGGCUGAGAAAAUUGUGUGCUAAGCAAUCUUUAUUGUUGUAGUUUAGUCGUUUAGUCGUGUCCGACUCUUCGUGACCCCAUGGACCAGAGCACGCCAGGCACUCCUAUCUUCCACUGCCUCCCGCAGUUUGGUCAGACUCAUGUUGGUAGCUUCAAGAACACUAUCCAACCAUCUCGUCUUCUGUUGUCCCCUUCUCCUUGUGCCCUCAAUCUUUCCCAACAUCAGGGUCUUUUCCAGUGAGUCUUCUCUUCUCAUGAGGUGGACAAAGUAUUGGAGCCUCAGCUUCACGAUCUGUCCUUCAAUCUUUAUUAGCGGCUAGUUAAUAGGGAGACUUAUAAAUGAUGAAAGAUGAUCAGAUAUAAUUCUGAUUACCCAAACAACUCACCUUUGAAUCAAGCGGAGGUGGGGUCAAAGGGCAAGCCUCCCAGCUCUGAAGAAAUAUUUCAUCAUUGUUCCAGCGGGAUAUAAAAACCUCCAGGGAGGCGAGGAAAAAUCCAAGAGCGAGAGGCAGGUACACUGAGCUUGAACACUGUAUAAAGGCUCUAAUGUUAGAGCAUCAAGUACACAUUCUCUUCUCUCUUAGUUACUAUUACCAGUACUGGAAAGAAGGAAAUUGAAAUUGGACUCUGACAAUUAAAAACCACACAGAAAAAAUAAAGCUGCAGACGGUUAACAAUUUUAUUAUUUGAUACAAGCAGAGAAUAUUAUGGGAAAAGCCAGGUUUGGGAGAACAGUUUCAUUGCUAGCAAUAUCUAUCUCAUCCUUGGAAGAGUCAAGCCAAAAAGAAUUUGUUGUUAUUCCUGCAGGUUGUUUAUGUGGCCAGAAACCCAAAGGAUGUUCUGGUUUCCUAUUAUCAUUUUACCAAAGCUGCACGCACACUAGAAAAAGUAGAUGACUUUGGGAUUUUCAUGGAGAGGUUUUUGUCUGGGAAAGGUAAGGAUGAUUUGCCGCUCUAAAACAAGUCACUUUUGUCCCUUCAUUCCCUAUCCUCCUUUGAAAACAAAUAAAAGAAAUUCAGUGUGCGGUAAGGAAUUAUUCCAGAGUGCCACAUCUGAUGCUGUUGGUUGCUCUGAGGAAGUCUAAACUUAUUUUCCAUGUGCAUCCAUAAUAGUUUUUCCAACUAAAUAAAUUAUAGCACACAGGUUUAUGCCAUGGAUAGCUGCUGACCAUUGAGGCAGAAGGUAGGGUAUAAAUUUGACCAACUCCCAAAGCAAAUCAGGCAUGGGCUGAAGCAGCUACAAAUCAUUACAGGGUGGAUCACCUAACCCUGAAUGAAGUGUAGAGAUUGGUGUCAAGUUAUAAGUCAGAAACCCAGAAAGGGUCUCCUAAAUGUUGUAGGUAUCAACUGCCACACUAUAUAAGGAAACUGCCAGAGUGGGAAGGAAGGGGGCUGAAGGAAGGCUAGACUGAUCUCAGCCCACCCAUCAAUCUCCCAUCACACUGGGAUGGGAAGCACUGCAGGGAGCCUUAAAAUACAGAACUCCUCUGCAAAUUCUUUCUCUGAGAAAGUGUUUGGUGAGGUUGGGUGCUAUUCAUUCAGCCUGUGUUUGUUUUCUUUCCUUUCCAAUCCAUCUCAUUCCGAUUUCAAGCUGCUUUGUUUCAUUGAAAGGUUGGGCUGAAUUUUAUUAUGAUCUAAUGGUUUACACCAUUGCUGGUUCAUAUUUGGUUCCUUUAAAAUGUUUUAAUUCAUUUUAUCUGAGUGUUAUGCUGCUCUCCAAUAAAUAAAUAAAUAAAUAAAUAUCUCCUCUACAUUUACACCAAAUCAACUUCUCUCCUAUCAGUAAUUGCAAGUUUAUGGUUGGACCAUGUGGAAGGCUGGUACACUCACAGAGAUGACUUCAAUAUUCUAUUUCUUACCUAUGAAGAAAUGAAAAAGGUAAGGUGUCAAAAUGUUACCAAGUCUGAUAUGAAACAAGCUUCAAAACUCACCUUUACAAAAUAGAGGAAGGAAGCAAUAUGAUGAUUCAAGUGCCCUGACUGAAGGAGAUUCUGCAUCUGCCUCAUCAUCAAUUUAACACAGUCUAUGGUCUCAAUUUGAGUGAGCUUAUCAUGUUGCAUUGAAACCAUUGUGAAUUUAUAUAAGCAAUUUCAACCCCCCCCCCCCCCCAGGAAUCAAAAUGUUGCCCUUUUAUUACUAACUGAUUUCGAAGCAGUCGUGGUUGAAGCAUAUUCCCACAUCAACUAUCAAUCAAUCAAUCAAUCAAUCAAUCAAUCAAUCAAUUACAGCAUGGGGGUGUGCCUCUUUGCAAUCAUCUUCUAGCCAGGCAGCAUUUUAAAAAGCACACAAUAUCUGAAUAUGCAAUAAUGCAAUGAUUUUUACCAACAUAGUUAAUGGAAACAAUGAAUUCUGACACUAUCUUCAGAAGAGACAAGCACUCCAACUGCCUGCUUGGAAACCGCGAAAGGUUUACUGAGUGUUCAAUACAAACAGUUCAAAACCCCAAUUCAGCUGCUGCUUUCCUUGAUAGUCUUCCCUCCUUUCUGAAAGAUAAACAAGCCCAGGAGGCCGUGGACCUAGGACCAGCUUUUUAGGCCCUAAACUCCAAAGAGUGCACUGUAACCAUUUACCCUGAGAGAUGAUGGGGCUGAAAAUAAAGUGUUCCAAGCAAGAUACAUCAUUUUACAGGCCGAGGAGAGAUGUCACAGAACGCCCCCUCCUGUCUCGAGUGGUGGCAUUUUGUUUAUUUAUUUACUUGUGGAUUCAAUUUAAAUAGCUGUCCCAUGGGUGGCUCACAGAACAAAAGCAACAGUUACGAGUACAAUAUAAUGCAAUGGCAAUUAUUCCAAACUAGGCAAAGAGAAAUGCUGGCUGCUUGUUCCCCCUGCUUGUUAUCCUGCUUGUUCCAUGAAUUUUAGUCACGAGGCUGUUGUGUCUCUCAAUUGUGGAUGGCUUGACAUCAAAACUAUUUCCCAUUUCAGGAUCUAAGAAGCUGUGUCUUGAAAAUAUGCGACUUCCUGGGAAAGAGACUGACGGAAAAGGAGGUGGAUGCUGUUGUGGAUCAGGCUACAUUUAAUAAAAUGAAAGCAGAUCCCAGGGCAAACUAUGACUUCUUGCCACCGGAGUUCAUGGACUACAGCAAAGGACAUUAUCUUCGCAAAGGUAAGUCAGUGGCAGAUCAAACUGACUUGGUGCUGCUUGCAGAAUCCCUGACAGAUUCACCUGACAAUUGGUCUGACACGUGAUGGGCACCAAGGCGAUUUCAUUUUCCCAGUCUUUCAUAAAACUCUUCAGUUUCCAUUGUUGCCUAAUUUUAGAGUUGUUCUAAUAUGUACUUUCCCUGCUGUCGUUUCCUUCAAAAUAUAUGUAUUUAAGGGUGGCAUAUUUGUUUUUCCAAUCUGGAGUAUGGAGACUCAGCCAGAUGGGUGGGGUAUAAAUUAUCAUCAUCAUCAUCAGCAUCAUAUUCCCAACUAGGGAUGGAAUAUAUCUGGUGUUAUAGAGAUCUAUUUGACCACCACAAUGCACGUUCUUUCUGUCUGCUUCCUGGGCUAGGCACUGUUGGAGACUGGAAGAACACGAUGACAGUCGCACAAAAUGAAAGGUUUGACAGCGUUUUUAAGGAGAGAAUGGAAAAGCUGCCCAUCAAGUUCUGCUGGGACAUCCAUGAGGAAUCAUGAGUCUGCCUUCAGCUUGGAAGGAUGAAAUAAAGUGCAUUGUAUGCAUUUAAUCCAGGCCUAUUUGUAAGAGUUAGUGAGAAAAACUCUCAUGUGGCUUAAUAGCCUCCUAAUAUAAUACUGUAAUAUGUGCAAGAUUUUUAAAAAACACAAUAAAAUUACAUUCGUAUUGUGCUUACUGUUUCUACACCCCUGAGCAUGUCCUAAUUUCUGACUCUUUGUUGCUCCUGUUUUGUUCUAUUAAAUUUCUUCUUUGCAAUAAGGAGAAAUAGUUUCUUGUAGGUUGAAAAUGUUUUCUUUAUGUAUUACUUUUGUAUAAAUAAAUACUAUUGAGUUAAAAAAAAAAGACCUUUAAAUGCCCUAUAAAAAGAAAUAAAUUUAGCAGAUUACUAAAACAAACGGGGGGAAUGGUACUAUUAAUGCUACAAGUAAUUCAUAGGAGGAAAAAAGAGUAUGUUAUUGGAAGUUCGAAACUGGUAGAAGUCAUUUUUACCUGAUCAGAGGAAGUG